UCUUUGUGGCUGCAGUUGGCAAGAUGGCGCCGGUGGGGGUGGAGAAGAAGCUGCUGCUGGGCCCUAAUGGGCCCGCGGUGGCGGCCGCCGGCGACCUAACCAGUGAAGAGGAGGAGGGCCAGAGCCUAUGGUCUUCGAUCCUGAGCGAAGUGUCCACCCGCGCCAGGUCUAAGCUGCCGUCGGGCAAGAACAUCCUGGUGUUCGGUGAAGAUGGUUCUGGUAAAACAACUCUCAUGACUAAACUACAAGGAGCAGAGCAUGGCAAAAAAGGAAGAGGCCUAGAAUAUCUCUACCUCAGCGUCCACGACGAGGACAGAGAUGAUCACACACGCUGCAAUGUGUGGAUUCUGGAUGGAGACCUCUACCACAAAGGCCUGCUGAAGUUUGCAGUUUCUGCAGAAUCGUUGCCGGAGACCCUGGUCAUUUUUGUGGCAGACAUGUCUAGACCUUGGACUGUGAUGGAAUCUCUACAGAAAUGGGCUAGUGUUUUACGUGAGCACAUUGACAAAAUGAAAAUUCCACCAGAGGAAAUGAGGGAGUUGGAACGGAAGUUUAUGAAAGAUUUUCAAGAUUAUAUCGAGCCUGAAGAAGGUUGUCAGGGUUCUCCGCAGAGAAGAGGGCCUCUGACCUCAGGCUCAGAUGAAGACAGUGUUGCUUUGCCUCUGGGUGAAAAUGUGCUGACUCAUAACCUGGGAAUUCCAGUGUUGGUGGUAUGCACAAAGUGUGAUGCAAUGAGCAUCCUGGAGAAGGAGCAUGACUACAGGGACGAGCACUUGGACUUCAUCCAGUCGCACCUGCGGAGAUUCUGCCUCCAGUAUGGAGCUGCCUUGAUUUACACCUCCGUGAAGGAAGAGAAAAACCUCGACUUACUGUAUAAGUACAUCGUUCAUAAAACAUAUGGUUUCCACUUUACCACACCUGCCUUAGUUGUGGAAAAGGAUGCGGUUUUUAUACCUGCAGGUUGGGACAAUGAAAAGAAAAUAGCUAUUUUACAUGAAAAUUUGACAACUGUGAAGCCAGAAGAUAUGUAUGAAGACUUUAUUGUAAAACCUCCUGUGAGAAAGCUGGUCCAUGACAAAGAGUUGGCAGCAGAGGAUGAGCAGGUGUUCCUAAUGAAGCAACAGUCACUCCUUGCAAAGCAGCCUGCCACGCCCACAAGAGCCUCCGAAUCCCCUGCAAGAGGACCCUCUGGUUCUCCAAGGACUCAGGGCCGUGCCGGGCCAGCCAAUGUGCCGAGCGCCUCCCCAGGCACAUCAGUAAAGAAGCCAGACCCAAACAUCAAAAAUAAUGCAGCAAGUGAAGGAGUGUUGGCCAGCUUCUUCAAUAGCCUGUUGAGUAAAAAAACAGGCUCUCCUGGAAGUCCUGGUGCUGGUGGGGUGCAGAGCACAGCUAAGAAGUCAGGACAAAAGACUGUUUUGUCAAAUGUUCAGGAAGAACUGGAUAGGAUGACUCGAAAACCAGAUUCCAUGGUAACAAACUCGUCAACAGAAAAUGAAGCCUGAUCCUCCUUUAAAAGUGCAUAUGUCAAACAACCAAAUAACUAUGUAUAUUGAUCUGCUAAGACCAGGACUUUUCUGAUAUGGCACACAUGCUAUCAGUUUUUUGGGGUAGGGGAGAUGAACUUUUAAAAAAAAUACAUAUUUCAUUGGCUUGUCUGAGUGUGAAAUGCACAUUUAGGAAGGUUGUAUGUCAGGCCACUUGUUAAGGAUGACCCUUGGACUCUCAAGCCUGUGAUUCUCUUGUGAGAAGUGAGUGCAGUUGGGUUUCUUGGUAGAGCAGAGAAAGUGGAUCUGUUUUCUACUAGGGUGAAGCAAACAAGACUGGGAUUGAUCUGAUGGCUGUCUGACCAGUUUGGUUUUAGCAGAUUCAUGUGUUCUUGGGAAGCAGAUUAAGUAGCAGAAAGUCCAGGAGAAAGAGUUCAGGAGAAUUGAGAGAAGUGAUGGUGGGGAAGCUGAAUGUUGAGGGAGGUGGAGGAAGGAGGAGAUGAGCAGUGUUAUUAAAUACUGUGUGUUCAGUAGGCGUCGAAUAAUAUUAUUUGACUUAAAAUUAGAAGUAUUUCCAAACUAAACACUAAGCAAAAUGGGAAUUAGGCUUGUCCUGAAUAUAUCUUUAACUAUGGAAGAUACAUUUUGUGUGGGGUGCCUGAGUCAGGUGGAACUGGCACAGGUGGCAGAGGGCAGCUGCCCAGUACCCACAUGCUUGGCCCAAGCCAUAUCCUUGGGAAGAUGCUGGGCUCCAUGCAUGCACAUCCUGGAGCAGGCAGUCACUGAGCAAUGUUCAAAAGACAGCAGAUAGUAAAUUAGUUUACUUUGAAUUGUACUUUUUAAGUAGCUCCUGCUUUGUUUUUAAAAUUUUUUUGAACUACCACAGGCUGGCCUACUAAUAGAAAAAGGGGUAUGUGACCUCUCAUUUUAUUAUAAUGGCAAUGUGCUAUGGAAAGUUGGAGGUAUAAUGUCAUUGCACUCUGGUUAAUUGGUUAUACCAAUCCCUGCCUUAUAGACUGUGGUAACCUUCAUAGAGUUCCACUGUUACAAAAGGGUAUUGGUUCUAGUUCCCUGUGAUCAGUGCUAUCAUAUGAUCAAAUGUGUGGGGUUUUUUUAUAUUGAAAAUGAUAUAUUUCUUUUAUGUUUUUCAUAAAAUGUAGCAUUUCUUUUCUUACUGAAAUGAAAUGUUCAUGUGUCUGCCAUUUAGGGCACAUUCAUGCACAUUGUCAUGUCACACCACCAUUCUGGGAAUGACUUCUGUGGAUUUUAAAUGGCACUUUUGAUUUUAUAUAUGACACAGAGCAUGUAAAUGCAAACACUACCAUUAAUUUACUGUGUAAAAACAUUUGUUGUCUAAACCAAGGGAAAAACCACAGUUCACUGAAUGUGGAGUUUACUUUUUUUUUUAUAUGAAUGUUUGUUGUACUCUGUCUCUGCAUAAUUUCCCUAAUGUCAUUACUUUCACAUACCAGAUUUGACUAACCACUAAUGUAGGACUGGGCAUAAUUUAACAUCCUUUGUUACAUAACAAGACUCUUAUUAAAGCUGUCUUGGAUCAUUUUUGUAAAAGUCUGAACACUGUUAGGAGAAAGCUGAGUAUUUACUUGUCUUUUAGCAAAAAGAUGUUUCUUGUGCCAGUUUUAUUGUUAAAAUAUACUAUUUUUUUCUUUUUAAAAACCACAUAAUAUUGUGGCUUCCAGUUAUCAGGUUGUCUAGGUGGCAACAGAAAGCUGACUGAGGAAUGAUAGUUGUGAUGGAGUGACCUUUAGAUGCUAAAAAGCUUAUGGUCACAUUGAUAGUAGGGUAAUUUAGUCUAACAGUCAGUGGCACAAUGAGUGACCUCAGAAACAAGGGAUUCUUGGAAAGGCAUAUGCCUAGGAGGGGUAUAUUAUGGUUUUAAAUUUUAAUGCAAAAAAAAUUGUUUUAAAGUUAUCAUUUGAACUGUUAAGCACUUUUUGUGUCAAUGGAAAAUGUUUUAAAACCGAUGAAAUGCUAAGAUACUGGUCUUGUGGAGGAAGGUUUCUUGGAGACCACUUUUAUUCUCUUGACAAAUGGAUGCUCCUGGUAUCAAAAGAAACUGAUGCAUCGUUGUCAUGUGCUCAGUGGUUGCCAAAGUCUACCAGCUUUGGGGAGCUUCAGGGUUCUUUUGGGGGUGGGUUUGAAGAAGGGAGAUAAUUUUCGUUAUUUUAGGAUUUUUCAGGCAUUGGAACCAAAGGCCAAAUAAUAAGCAGCCUUUAUUUUUUAAAUUCUUUUUUUUUUUUCAGAAUACACUUGUUUGGUAGACUGUUAAAGACAAUUUUAUGACUAUUUAUACACAUUGUAGUGGUUACAUCAGCUGUUUGUCUUUAAGUGGGAAAAUUAAAAAUAAGCCCAACCUAGAAGGUAUGGCUCAGAUAAGGGCUAUGGAUUGGUCUUUACUAAAAAUGUAACAAGUAUGCUGCUAGAUUAUUAUGUUUUGUUUGCACUUUUUUUUUGUGAUUGGCAUUUUAAAACCAGUAUUUAAACUGAAGACAUUGUUGUAUUUUAUUAAUUUGAUGAAGUUGAAAGUGACUGCUCCGUACAUCAUGACCUUAACAAUGUUGAUGCUGUAAAUGAAAGUUCACUGUCAUCUAGAUGCUAAAUUCAUUGGUGUUUUUGACUUAAAAUUAGGACUACAGAUGAUCCCCCACCAGCCUUAGUCCAGGGGUGUGGCUCUAUCUGGGUGCAGUAUGCAGUCAUGUGGAACCUUGCUUUCUAGUGCUGGAAUAAAAGAUGUCUCUAAUUGCUGGCUUCAAUAAACAUGAAUCCAGACUGAU